GGCUGGCAGCUUAGCUCUUCUCACUGGGGGUUUGGAGAGCGGGGGGACCAUGGAUGUCAUCAGCGUGCAGCAGUUGGUAAGUGGAGAAAGAGAAGGAAGGAAAGUGUUGGGAUGUGGACAUGGAAUUCCUGAUCCUGGAGGCUGGCCAGGAGACUGGAGGCUGGGACCCCAUGAGGCUGUGGCCCAGGAGAGGCAGAGGCUGGAAGAGGAGAAGAGGAGGAGACUUGAGAGAUUUAAGAGUUCCAGAAUUAAUCUGGAGAAUCUGGCUGACUUGGAAAACUUGGUUCAGAGACGAAGAGAAAAGCGAUUGAAACGCAGAGUCCCCCCCAGGGCACCUGAGCCCGUGGUUAAGCCCCAGGCCCAGCCCCAGGCCCAGCCAGGGCCCGUGGACCUCGAGGCGUUCCUGAAGGCAGCGGCUGAGAACCAGGAGGCCCUGAUUGACAAGUACCUGGCGGACGGAGGGGACCCCAAUGCCCACGACAAGCUCCACCGCAGGGCCUUGCACUGGGCCUGCCUGAAGGGCCAUAGCCAGCUUGUGAACAAGCUGUUGGAGGCAGGGGCCGCUGUGGACACGCGUGACUUGCUGGACAGGACACCUGUGUUCUGGGCCUGCCGUGGAGGACACCUGGACAUCCUCAAGCAGCUGCUUAACCACGGAGCCCAGGUCAACGCACGGGACAAGAUCUGGAGCACCCCCCUGCACGUGGCCGUGCGCACGGGGCACUGUGAGUGCCUGGAGCACCUCAUCGCGUGCGGGGCCCACAUUGACGCGCAAGACAAGGAAGGAGACACAGCUCUACACGAGGCUGUGCGGCACGGCCACCACAGAGCCAUGAAGAUGCUGCUACUCUACGGAGCCCAGCUGGGCGUGCGGAACCAGGCUUCAGCGACCCCUGUGCAGCUGGCCCGAGACUGGCAGCGGGCCAUCCGGGAGGCCCUGCAGGCCUAUCAGGGGCAUCCCCGCAGCCGGUGCUGACGACAGCCGCCCGCCGCUCCGCCACCAUUCCACCCCGUUCUCCUGCCCCUCACGUGUCUGUGGUGCUGACUUCAGGCCUCCAGGGCAGGCAGUCGUGUCAGCUCAGAGCCCGGCCCGCAGGUAGAUGGAGCAGCUGCCCCCUGCGGGCCCAAGCCAGGAAGGGCUGAAGCAGAACCCUGAGGGCCCAGACAAGGGACAGUGGAGCUGGGAGCUCGGGACGGCCACGAGCCGAGGAAGCUCAGCCUCCAGCUCCCAGGGCUGCGCUAGGCUCCCCGGUGCCAGGGAGCCUCCGAGGAGACUGCUCGUGCCCCUCCCUUCCACAGGCGUUUCCUGCCGGGUGGCAAUUUCGCAGCUGGCCAGUGCCCGUGGGUGGGUCUCAGCAACUCCGCUCCUGUCAGCAGGUGACUGCAGUGGCUCUGGUGUCGGGUCUGGACGGGGCUGCUCAGCAGGUCUGAGGCCCCACCGCAGAAGUCCAGUGCCAACCUGUCUGCCACAGGAGCCCUAAGACUGAGGAGCUGGAGCCAGUACUGAGAGAACCUGCGCCCACUGUCUAAAGGCUGCGGUCAGGCCUGCCCGCUGCUCUGCAGGGGUCAGCUGGUAGCUCUCCUGGUGACGGUGAAGCGCCUGGGUGCUGGGGUUGCUUGUGGCCCACUCAGCUUUUGGGGCGGUGGCCCGUAACCCUCCUUUGCCUCAGGUGCUAAUGCCGCCCUGGCACUGGAGCUCUUAUACGUACCCUGCAGCUGUCGCCUCUGCCACCUCCGCAGGGCACCGAGGUUCUGAGCACCGCCGUGAAGGGAGCAGAGGCACACACCUGCCCCCGCGGCCGGCUGGCGCACGUUUAGGGCUCAACUCCACACACUCUCCCAAUGGACCCUCCCCUUCCGCUGUCCCUGGCACUUCCAGUUGUGCUGGUGUGGACGUGCUCCUGGCAGGGCUGGGUCUUCAGUGCCAGGAAAUGAGCCUUGAGGAGCUCAGCCCUGACCCGAGAGCUGUAGGCCGAGGGGCAGCUCCAAGGUGAAGGGCCGGCCUCCCUCCCACAUGUGCGGCACCUGGGCAGGCACUGUGCCAAGCAGUUACUUCUGUCUAAGCUGGUGGCCUUCUCAGGCCAAGACCAAGGCUCUUCUUAUUGUGUGAAAAAGCCGACUAGAGCCCACACCUUCCCUCCCCUUGGCGGCCCCUGCCCUGGGGGACAGAGCAGCACUCGCCAGAUGCUGGGCCACGGGAGGAGCAGGGCUCUAGUCCAUGGAGAAGACGACUCCCCACCCAGAAAACGGGGACACUUAAGUGACCGACAACAGUACCUUUUUAUACGCGUCAAUCUGUUCAUUAAAAUGGGCUGGUCAUCCA